AUGAUCACUUCUUACUAUGGACCUUUUCAAUCAUCUUCACCUACUUCUCAUUUUGAUAGAAGUUUUCCAUCCAUAAAAAAUCAAUCGACUCAUCCAAGUCAUUUACCAUGUAAUUUGAAUCAUGGCGUAGGCUUACUUUAUCAUUCAAACUCUCAUCCUCAUGAUUCAAAUGGGAUUUAUGAUAAGAUUGAAGAAAUCGGUCCUAGAACAGUUUCACCUUUAAUCAUACCACAUUUGAAUACGAAUUUAUUAAAUCAGAAUCCGAAGAUUGAUGGAAGUUCUUCUACUAAUUCGGAUCAUUCGGUUUAUGAUCGUCUUAGUAGUGCUGGAUCUUGUCAAGCUUCUAGAGCUGGAUCUGAAUCUUUCUCUAGAUCUAACGCAGCUGCAAGACAACGGGCUAAAUUAGAAGCAGGAAUGGGUCAUUUAUCUGACGCAGAACUUAAAAAUUUGAAUAAACGAAUCAAUGGAAAUAAUCCUAAAUCAAAAGCUUCUACUUCAAGAUAA